CGAUAUUGAGGCUUGGCUCCCGGGGGUCUGACCGCGGCAAGGCUGAAGACCACGUUGCACGUCACCCGCAUCAGCUCUGCGCAGCACCAAUGAGCUUCUGGGCAACCUUGCUGCAUGCUAGCCAAAUGAAUCUGUGAGCAAAACAUGAGGUCAACUUGAUACAUCUCAAAGCCCCAUUCUAGUGAAACUGCCAUCACAACGCAAACAUGGCCGAACAGUUGUUGGAUCAAGUUAGAGAUCUGGUUGAUGGCCAAAUUGACUUCGAAGGCCAGAAGCUGGCCGAAAUUCUUGCGACGGUUGUAUUGGCACUUGUCGGCGUCGUGUCAUUCCUUGUCGGCUUCUUCUUGCAAGACAUCGCCUUGGCCCUCAAGGUUGGUCUUGCCGGCACAGCUCUCACCUUCCUGCUCGUCGUUCCGCCGUGGCCAUUCUUCAAUAGACAUCCCGAAAAAUGGUUGCCAAUAGGAGGAGGUACGGCAAUCACAACAAGCACGCACCAGAACGUCGUGUUUGACGACAAGGCGUUUGCAAGGCAGUAGAUCCUGAAGAAGGUAUGGAUGCAAUACUACUGCUUUGCGUUAGAGAUAGCCCUGGCGGCGGGAUGGGAUGAACAUGUUCUUCAUUAUCCGGCUCUUGUAGAGUUCUCCAUCAACUGGUAGCGAUGAUA